AUGUCAGAUCCACCGGAAAUUGCAAGCGCCACUGAUGCUAAUCAACAUCCAGAGUCGCUGCUAUGCUUUCCAACGUUUCUUGGCAAAUUUGUCGAAGACUUCAAGCAAAGUUCAGAACUACGAGCUCUUGUCUUCCCUGACCUUGAUCAUCUUUGCACCAAGCCAGAAAUCGAUCAGAUCGAAGAAUUAUUACUAGAGAGUAUUUCAGAAGAUAUAAGGCCUAUUCUGUCGGUGGCUUUACCAAGCUCCCGAGAUUCAAUAAACAGUUUAGAUACACAAUUAUUGGUUGAAGCUCUCAAAAUUGACCCGGUUGAAAUCACUAGGAGGGCUUUUGAUAUCUAUGUUGAUUACAAAGACCAGCUUGACGACAACAUUUCAGGACAUGAUGAAAGCAGUUCAACAGUGGGUGACGUUCCAGAUAGAAUAGCACGGGAUCCAAAUCAGUCUUCGCCCAACUCUGAUAGUCCACCCAAUUUGAGUCGAACCGUCAAUGAAGAUGAAAUUCUUGAAGAGUUUAUAAUUCUUGACACGCCAAUACUGUUAGAAGCUCAUCUUAACCAAUUUCAAUCAGAGGGGCUUGAGCUUGAUGCGAAUCAAAUUCUCAUAACACUGCCACUUCAAGAGAUUCUAGCAGAAGGUGGCCAAAGUCUGAUAAAUGUUCUGCCUGAGGAAACUGAAUCUUCUACCGAUACCCAACAAGUGUCUGGCGAUCGACUCACUGCUACUGCAGACGAAACAACUACACCGAAGGUCACCAGAACAUCCAGGUUUUUGAGAAGGUCUGCCAAUUCCACAAUUAGUUUGCAGUUUGAUCGAUCCUCAGCCAAAGAUGUGUUGGAAAAAAUGUUAAAAGCAAUAGUCAACUUUAUGAAGCCAAAAAAUGAAAAAUUGUUGGAUAAGAUACACUUGAAAGACAAAUCGCACAUCAAUCAUAUUGUCAAUGUCUUGCUUACUAUCGACGGACUGUAUUUAAUCAGAGCGUUGAAUACAAUUGACCUGAUAGCUUCCUUCUCGUAUGUUAGAUUUCUUGAUUCUAUCCAUAAAUCAAGCGGAACGGGGUGGAAGGAUCUGCCAAUGGUUCAAAAAUUCGAAAAAUUCAUCAAUACGGAAUACACCUCCCUUGGUAUCGAGAGAAGGGUAAGCCGUCGGGAUUUGAUGAGGAUUCUCGGUAGCCUUGGUACUCGGGAGGGUUAUUUCCUUGUGUGCGCCUUAUCAUUCGAGUUCAAAACCCCUGAACAAACAGCAUUGGUUGAGGUUUUUGUGGAGAUCUGCUCUAUGGUACCCCAACAUGCCUUGAACCAAGCAAUUCCCGCCCAGAUUCAGCAAAAUGCGUCCACACCGGAAAAAGAGGUGGUAGCUAAGGUCUUUGGAUCACAGAUAGGGUCAUCAAUACUCAAGUUUUUGAAGAGUAGAUACUAUCACGGAGAUGUAUUGCUACUUCGCACGGUGCUCAUGGACGGCAAUCUGAAAGUGAAAAAGCGGAUGCUUGCAAACUUCCUUGAAUCUCAGGAGUUUCCUAAAAAAAAAUUCAUCCGUGAUAAUGAUAUCCCCAUGACUGUGCAAGUAUUAGUCUCACAUUUUGGUAGGGGUCUUAUUCGCGAAAUAUGUGUGCCCAAAGAUACAGAUUUGAAGACCCUUGAACCCAAAUCUCUCGUUCUGAAAGCCACAAGUGGUGAGUCAGAUUGGCUCCUGUUUCAUGCAUACUUGAAAGAAAGUCCAGAAAGUAGACAAAAAAAGUAUCAAGGUGUUUCCCUUAUCUCCCGAGCAGGUUUGAAUAGAAAGAAAGAAGAGAUUUCUGACCUCAAUCACACUAACAAGGAUAGAUUCUUGAAAAGGAUCAUUUUACGAUUCACAGAAAAGGAUGGGAGUUCAUUUAGCAGCGAGGAUUCAACUAAAGUUCAGAACCACAUCAGUGAGACUUUGGGAAAUAUCUCUUCGGAAAUUGAUAAUGCUAUUGAAAAAUUCCACCUGUGCUUAUCAAAAUUCAUGACUCUGCUCAGUGAGGCUUAUAAAGACCAUAAAAUCGAGCUCCCUGAUCGUUUAGAUCACGCGGAAAUUAAAGAGUCUGCUUUCCAAUGCGUAAACUCUUUUGAGUAUCACGUCGCUAACUUUGAAAAUUUACCUCCUCAGAUUGAUAGCUCGUGUAAUGCUAUCAAAGAAAUUUUGUCAAGUUUGAAUAUGUUCUAUUCUUUCAUCAAAUUAGCCUUGGGCGAUUACUUGCGCGACGGGCAGGAAUGCGUUAGACUUAUGGCAGGGGGGAUCUUGUUUGUCGAACAAAGAAGAACUAUGAUGGGUGUCUUUAUCGAGGGGGUUGUCAAUCUCGUACAGCUUCCUAUUGAGGUUGGAGCUGCUGUCCAAGAUCCAAGUAAAGUAACGGAUGUAUUGCCUCGAGGCCUUAAGAUCAUGAAAAAUAUCCAUGACAUCCUUAAAAUAAUCCAAGAACUACGGUCAAGCAACGAGGAGCUUGUUGAUAAAUGGAGGGCAAUUGAACGGUUCAUCACUGCAUGGCCAGGAGACUACUUCGACUCAAAGCCUCCAAAAGUCCUUAUGCGCUCAAAGAAAAGAUCUGAUCAAUGA